AUGACAACCAAAGCCGACCAAGUUAUCACCUUAUCACAAGUAAACUCAUUAAUCGAUAACAUCAACACUAAAGACAGUGACAGUUCCAACAACAAGAAGUCGACAAUUUGGAAAGAGUUUGGUAACUACCUUGAUAAGAAAGUAGAUAUAAUCAGACCAACAGAAACUUCUUCCAGCGAAAACUAUUUUAUCAAAAACGCCUUCCCUGGUAGAUCCUACUUAUCUCAGUCAAUCGCAUAUAAGAUCUGUAACUCGUGUCAACGACCAAUUGGAUUACCAAGCUUGAACCUGCAUUAUCAAAAGUGUGUCGAAAUGAAACAAAAGAGACAGCAAGAACAAGCAGAGUUGGCUGCUAGUAAUAACAAUAAUGGAAAUGCCGCGUACGGAGUCAACAAACGUAAAAGAAAGAAUGGUGUGCUCAGUGAAGUUGAAUAUUCUUCUUCUGUUGACAGUACAAGAAAUAACACGCCAGCUCCCAACAGUGCAACCGACAACUUUGAUGGAGAUAUCAGUAGCAACAGCAAUGGCACUUCUUCAAGACCAAAGAAAAAAUACAAGAAAUCACAAGCACAAAAGGCUAAAGAAGCUGCCAAUGCUGCAGCUGCUGCCGCUUCACAAUCCGGCGUGCCGGUUGAAAAACCAUUGAAACGAAAGAAAAACACCACAGCUACAACUACAAGUAAACGGCAACAAGAAGGUGCAGAACUGACUCCACUGGUACAAUCAUCAUUACAAUCAGCACAGGGCCAAAGGGCAAAGGCAAUGGCAAAAGCCAAAGGGCCAGUUGACGUUGACAAACAAUGUGGUGUUGCUCUAACCUCAGGUGGAUUAUGUGCUCGUUCAUUGACUUGUAAAACCCACUCUAUGGGUGCCAAGCGUGCUGUUCUUGGACGAACUCAACCAUAUGAUGUUUUGUUGCAACAGUAUCAAAAACGAAACCAAGCAAAGAUUGCUCAAAAUCAUGCUCUUGCAGCACAACGAAGAGAAGCUGCGGCAUUCCAUGGUGAAGGUGCUGAUCUGAUGUUGAACAAGGCUAAUAAAGUGUUGGAUCCAGAUGAAGAGACGCAUUUAGUGUUAGAAGGGUUGUCAAAGAAUAAUCCGAUACCAUUGGAACGGAAAAUUAUGAUGCCGGUGCGUUACCGUCAUCGGUUCUUGCAAGCAAGAGAAUUUUAUGCGAAUGCACUAAUCAUAUCGGCGCAACAUUCACAACAACAGCAACAACAACAGCAGCAGCAGCAACAACAACAACAACAACAACAACAACAAGGCACUGGUGGCGAACAAACUUUGGCCAACCAAGCCAUUUCUGGGUCCAUUGGUGGGUUACAAGGACGUUGUGCAUUGAUCAACGUUGACGCUCCACCAAAUCCACAACUGGAUUCACAAACACAACUGUUUAGUGCUAUUCCUGGUGAAAUGUAUCAAGUUAGAGCUCCAUCAAAGGCAAUCUUGAUGACAGCGCAACAUAACAAUUUGCAACAACAAGCGUUCCAGCAACAGUUUCUCAAGUAUCAGCAACAACAACAGGCACAGCAGCAGAUGUUGAUGAAACAGAAGCAGCAACAAAUGCAAAUGCAAAUGCAGCAAAGGCAGCAGCAGCGACAGCAGCAGCCGCAGCAACAACAACAAUAA